AUGCCUUUGUGGGAAGAAAUUCUAAAGGAAAAGGUAACAUAUGAAUUAGCUAAGGAACUCGCCAAAUUCUUAGUUAAGAAGGAUACUACAUCAUGGAAGAAAACUAAUGCUGUGGAACAGUCAUCCCAAUAUCUACCAAAGACAAAAGCUGAGGGUGGUGAGGCCCAAAAGGAUGGAAGAGCAGAAAUAAAGAUUAAUGAGCAGAAACCGCCGAAGAAUCUCGAAACACCAUUAUUUUUGGCGACUAAAUCAGGCUGUGUGGACAUUGUCGAGGAAAUACUCAACUUGUACCCUCAGGCAGUUGAGUAUGUAGAUGGUGAUGGGCGUACUAUUUUGCACAUAGCUAUCAAGUACCGCAGAAUAGAGAUCUUUGAUAAGGUGGAAAAGAUUAAAACUUCAGUUAGGAAGCUAAUACAAAAGACCGACAAUGAUGGGAAUUCUAUUCUGCACUUGGUUGGUGAGAAGACUGAAUUCACGAUUGAACAGAUAAAAGAAAGUGAAAAGAAAUCGAAUUCCAGUCAGGGCAAGCGAGUAAAGCAAAUCUGCUCAGAGCAUUUCUUCAACCAUGUCAACUGUAAGGGGCAAACUGCUGAACAGGUAUUUGCUCUGAAGAGUGAAAAACUUCACUCGGAGGCCAAAGAAUGGUUAAAGCGUACGUCAGAAUAA